AUGGUGAGUUUGGUGAUGAUCGUAGAGUUUCAUCUCCUUGGAUUUCGGAAUAUGAUCAACCAUCUAGGGCAAAUGAGGUCGAUAAUUGGGCAUUUGACAAAGAAACCUAUGAUGCCUACUUAUGACGAGAUUUCUAGAGCUGAAGAGAUCGAUAAUUGGACGGCGAGCAAGGAGCCCAUGCCACUCACCAUGUCUUCUAAUUCUGAUCCUGGUUUUCGAAAUUCCGGUGGUUCUGAAGACGAUCGUUGGAAAAGGGGAGUUGUGCCUCGUGAUGGUGAUCAGGAACGACCAACGGAACGCCGAUGUUUGGUGUUAGAUCCACCAAAUGGUGAAAGUGCUCCAGUUGAGCCAUCAGCGCACACCAAUAAACUGAGUCCUUUUGGGGCAGCUAGGCCUAGGGGCUGA